GGCCCGACGAGCAUGGACGCUUUCGAGAUCCGAAUGCAAUUUGUUUCGGUGAUAAGACGACUCAAUUCAUCUCAGCAAUCGAUACAAAAGGUCGUCGCAUUCGCCAUCAAGCAUGCACCCCGAAGCAGUGACGACAUCUGGGAUUGUCUCGUCGAGGAGUGCGAGAAGAGCAGCAUCAAUGCGCGCAUCAAUAUCUUCUUUGCUAUCGACAGUCUCCUCGACGCCGCUCUCAAUUCGGGCAUCACUUCUUACCUCGAGUCUACCAAGCGCGAUCUCGGCAAGCUCGUCGGCCUCGUCGUACCCCGAGAGCGAGAGGGCAUUCUCAAUCUCAUGAGCGCCAAGCAGAUACUUAAAGUGUGGAAGACGAAGCGGAUGAUAGCGCCAGAGAUCGUCGAACCUGUCGAGAGAGCAUUAGACUCUCGUAACGCAAGAGCGUCUGCCAGCCAAGGCGAAGCAGCAGCAUUCCACAAGUUCUCGCACAACGACGUUCUUCGCCGCAUAGAAGAUGAUCGCGAGCGACAUAAGCGCCUGCGUGAGAAGAUAUGGGUGUUGCCGCUACCUAGACAGAUCGAGCCUCUCAGACGGCUUGCGUCUGCGCUUCCCACAGCGCAGGCUUUGCCCGUCUCGCCCACUUCUCCUGCGCAGCCUGCCACGCCAGGACCGGCCCCGCCCAAAAUGGUCAACUCGUCCGGGCAAUCUGCCGCACUCGCCAUUGACAUUGAACUCGAUCAGCUGUGGGACCAGCUAGAGCCAUUGGGAGAAGAAGACCAUGGCAUAAUGUCACUAGAGACUGCGAGAGCAAUCGCGUCUCGGUAGCAUACAAGCACGCCUGCACUUUGUUGUUGACAUCAACAUAAUCUAAUACUUCGACUUUUUCAACUUGAUGUCGCCAUAAUUCUCCUUCUUGCGAGCGUAUGACUCUGCCUUACGCUUUUUCGCAACCGAUCGCACUGCUGCGCGUUUCUCGCGCCGCCUUGCUUCCGUCUCAGGAUCAUUGACAAC